GUUUAGAUUUUGUCUCUGACAUCUGUUUACAAGACUUGUUGCGGGAUAUAGCUUUAGCUGCUGGCUCGGCGGAAAACAUCCAUUCUGCCCCUCCUACCCCUACCUCUGCCACACUGAGCUUUGUGUUGUCACAGCUCCGAGCUAGCAAAGCAGGUGCGGCUGUUCUCGAUGCCCGCUAUAAAGGACGGUCGUCGUUGGCGGCCAUAGUGUGUGAACCUAGCGUGACAUGCACCAGUGCGCAUGCGCAGAGGUACGUCUGACGACUUGAACGCCUCUGAUUAGAUCCCCAACGGCUAUCGGUCAAGUCCAGAGUUCACUCACACGCUCCGCGGAAGCAAGCGAGGACACACGCAGCGGGGAGCCACGGCCCAGUUGCCGCCCCUACACAGCCGCCCACGCACACACACGCACACACGCACGCGCACACACACACACACGAGAGCUCAUUCACAGCUCGGCAUCUGCGCAGGAAAGAAGCCAGUCCGGGAGUGUGUCCCUCCCCGACCGCGUCCCAUUCACGCAGGAGACUUGCCUACGGCAACAGGUUUAGUCAGUCUACGGCUCACAACGUGAAGUUUACGUGCUUCAUCCACGCGCGGGCACGAGCGCGACGGCGUUUUGCUCCGAUUCUCCUCACAGGUAAAUUUUCAUCGGAUGAACUUUCCUCGGCAAGCGAAAGUACCUCUACACACUCGACCUCUUUUUUUUAAUAAUUUACCUGCAAGCUUUACCUGACAGUUGUACCGCCGGCGCAGGUGUGUUUUGAGUUACUUGACCUGGCAAAAGUGAUACACUAAAAAAAAAAAAAAAACUUGAACUGCUCGCACUUGCUGGGCCCUGCUGCGUGUCAGGGUAGCCGGGGACUCGGCACACCUGUGUUGGGCGUUAAGAAAACUGUGAACUACGCAAGUUUGUGUGAGGGUCAGUCUGAGGCAAGCAUCAUGAUUGCCAGAACGGUUGCGGGGAUUUCCGUUGUCCUGGCAACAUACGUCAUGAUCUGGCGACCGGAGCCCUUUGGACGAGCGCUGGACUCUGUGUUUGUGGCGGCUGUUUUCUACCUGUCCGUCGCCUUUCUGUCGGCUUACCUGAUCUUCGGCAAGCGGCCUACGCGCUUUAUAGACCCUGCCGGCAAAGCCGUCGUCAUUACAGGAUGCGACAGUGGCUUUGGCUUCAGUCUUGCCCAGAAGCUGGACGCAAUGGGGUUCCAGGUGUUUGCCGGUUGCCUAGCACCAGACCGCGAGGGGGCGCUGCAGCUGCAGAAGUCCUGCUCCAGUCGUCUGCGCGUGGUGCAGCUUGACGUCACUGAUGACUGGCACGUGCGCAACGCCCUCAGGCUGGUCAAGGACAACAUCGUGGAGGGCGGUCUGUGGGCCGUGGUGAACAACGCAGGCAUCGCCACGUUCACGGAGAUCGAGUGGUGCGCCGUGGACCACUUCCAGAAGAUCAUGGACGUCAACGUCCUGGGCGUGGUGCGCGUCACCAAGGCCUUCCUGCCUCUCCUCCGGCAGUCAAAAGGCCGCGUCAUCAACGUCGCCAGCCUAGCAGGUCGCUUCACGCUUCCAGCCUUUGCUGCCUACUCCAUGUCCAAGAAAGCGUGUAUCGCCUUUUCUGACGCCCUGCGCCAAGAGAUGGCCAAGUUUGAUGUGUCUGUGGUCACCAUAGAGCCUGGACUCUACAGGACACCCAUCACCCAGGAACAGUAUCUCAUCGACCUCAACCGGAAGUCGUGGGCCGAGACUCCUACCGACAUCAGAGCCGACUACGGGGAGGAGUACUUCAACGCCUUCCUGCGCAACAUCUCCGAGCAGAUGAAGCGAGCACGACCCAAUGUAGAGGAGGUUGUGGAUCUGAUGGUGACGGCCGUGUGUUCGGAGAAGCCACGUCACCGUUACGUGCCUUACUGGCGUUCGUACCUCCGCUCCCUCGUCCUCAGCAACUGCCCCGCCUACGUCAGCGACAGGGUUUUCAAAAAAGUGGGGGUCAAAGUUCCUCCCAGUGCCAGGACAAGGAUCUCGUCUUCCAAGUCGUCUUCUGCCAGCAGCACGCCCAAGACAGGGUCACCUAACACGCUGGAGAGAAAAGUCACUUCAGAGGUCAACGGAAGUCCGGGGAGUUCCGGCAAUGAGAGAGAAUGAGACAGAGACUGAGCCUGGGUCCAGCAUCACUUCUACAGAGACUGAUGAACACAAGAGCUCAACAUUUCAGUGGACUUUGACAGGGUUUUCGUAGCACAAUAUUUGAUGUCUUUAAAACAAACAAAUCUUGUUGCUGUUGCUGUUGUUGUUGUUGUUUAGUACAUAGUUGUUGGAGCUUAGCAUAUAGUUGUGGUAAGGUAAUUUAAAAUCUUUGCGUUGUCUCCCUUAUAUUAGCAAAGUCAUUCACGUUGGACGACAUGUACAAUCGCCCGAUUUAAAUAAGAAGCCACUUUUCUACAGACCAAAGAUACUUUUGUUCUGCAGCUCAGGAAAUCCUUUUGCCCAUUGCUUAUGGCUUGGCAAAAGACAACUACCUAAGCUAUCCUUUCUUAGACAUCAGGAUUUAAGGCAUGAAGAGGGAGAUAAUUGUUUUUACUUUUUUAUUUGUUGUUUUGUUACAUUUGUUCCCAUGUUUGAAGGUCAGUUAUUUUGAAGCUUUCCUUCUGCUAAUCGCAUGGACCUGUAACUGUGUUUGCUACGUUGUGUCUACAGUCCAAGGACCUUUUUUUUUUGAAUUAUUUACAUUCGGAAAAAUAGCUUGUGAAAUUGUAAGACAUUUGUACAUACUAAAACUAAACUUUACAUUAUUAUCCGGUGUAUAUUAAAAGCACUGCAGACAAACUGGAAAGCAAAAUGAUCUUUACAAAGAGGUUGUGCCAACCAAUUGUUGAAAAUCCCCAGUUGUUGUAAUGGUGGAUGUAGCAUGCUUAUAGUGUGUCCCCUUCAUCUUCCAAAACUGUUCCCAUUCACAUGCUAAAUAUCUCAUUAUCGAGGCAAAUAACAGCUAACUCCAUAGCCAUUUUUAAUUAGCUGUUUGAUGCAAGAAGCUGUUCAUAGUACUACCUUCGAAUGUUCUCAUUACUGUGAUUCGAACAAAUCGCAAGGAUGGUUUUGUGAGAUGAGGAGAAAGCUACUGGGCGAAUAGUUUGGUUGAGGUAAAAGAAAGUGUUGUGCUGAUAGGUGGUUGUGUAUACUUUCCAAGAAAUCCUGUAAAUCUCACUGUUCUAAGGUCACUGUACUAAAACAGAAUAGACAGUAUUCUUCACAUUGUGUCGCAACUAUUCGUCAGCUCUUAAUGACAUCGAUGACGAUUUUAUAACCUCCUCACCCCCUCUAACUGGCAUUUGUAAGAUGUUGUUGCAUUUCUGCAUGGCCUCUUGUCAAGAGGGUUGUGGAUUUACAAAAAAAAAAAAAAAAAAAAAAAAAAAAAGAGAGAAAAAUAUAAAAACAAAACAAAACUACACCCAAAAUGGCUGUGAAAGUAGGCUACAACUGUUUCUCUACGUUUGCGGUCAUUUGUAAAGUGGUAGACACCUAACUGGACGCUUACGAUCAGGGAUUACUUCCCCUGUGCAAAAGGGAAAUAGAGGAAACAAGAACAGACUUUGUUGUUCAGUAGUUUCAGGGCUACUUUCUUUGUAUUGACAAUAGUUGUUAUGGAAUUGUCAUUUGUACAGCUGUCAUGCAUGACGAGGUGUGUUCUUUUGAAGAUCUCUUUGUUAUUUUAGUUUUGUCCUGUGACUCAUUCCACUAUAAUACAUGUUUCAUCUGAAUGCACUUAAUGUUGAUCAGGUGUUUUAUGGCACAUAUACUGCACACAAUUAACCUACCUGUAGUCAUGUUCCGUAUUCUUCCAGCUUCGCUUUUAAAACCGACUAUGAGGGGCAAACUAAAUACAAACCCACUAACGGCAAACCUGAUUCUUUUCAUUGAAAUGAUUUACUUCAGUGUUUGAUGGCGUUCUUUAAGUAGUUAUUAUUAUUAAAAUUGGUUUUUUAUUAUAGAUUUUUCUCCAUCAUUUGCCGAUGUUUGAUGACUUCUACUGAAUGUUGUGUUAUCUUCCUAUCGCUUUUUUCUGACAUUUUGUGGCACAUGCGAGGACGCAUUUACCCUUCCAGUGACUCAGGCCUCAAAUGGGUCCAAGUGCUUAGACAGUAGUGGGGGUGAGGAGGAGGGAGGAGCAGCAGUGAUUAACCUUUAAAGGCUGAUGCUUGUUGUCUGUUACAUUCGUUAACAGUUUGUGUCCAGAGUCGUAUCUGGAAUCGUGAUGCCAUUAGCUGAGCAGUUACUAAGUUGAUAUACCAUGGUUAUUAUAUGAAUGAGCAAUUAAUUCUGGGAUUCAAGCAAAGGGGUUUUACCCAUUAAUUAUGGCACUUUUAGACACAUUUGUUGGACGCUUGUUUAUUCGCCCAUUUAGAGGAAUUGAGAAAUAAUCAUUAUACACAGAUAGCAGUUCACUCGUACACUUUCCGUCGUUGAUGUCUGCGCCUGUCUCUUCCCUGUUAUAUGUUUUGCUUUUAUACCUCCUUUUUGUAAAUGCGAUCAGGGAAACUUUGUCGGCAUUUCAGAAGGGAUUAGGGAAAAUUUGUUCUAUUUUUCUGUUCCCAAUCUCUCUCUGUGUCUGUCUCUUUCUUUCUAUGUCUGUGUGUGUGUAAAAGUGGAAACUAUUUAAAGCGUAUAUUGACAUUAAUUUUCUGUUGUUUGGGUUCUUGUCAUUUUGUUUUCUUUGCUCACUAUAUAGUUAAUUACAAUCCACUUAGACAUAAUAAAUUUGUUUACUUCAAUUCCACGCGUCAUGUAAAGCAUUUACAAGGUAUAAACCAUUAAUAAGCUCAUGUUUGUGUAAUGAGGGGCACAAUACCGUGGCUGUUUUAAACACAUAUACCUCUACAGGUUGUAUUGUGAUAUUGCUGUUCUGUAUAAUCAUUUUUAUCAGUGUUGAAUUUGUAAAAUAAAACCAAUAUUAAAUCUU